AGUGAUCAGAUAUCGAUGCUCUUAUUUCCUUAAAAUGAGCAGAAACAGGAACCGCAGCAGGAUGUAAAUUUGCAAUAAAUUAAUCUGAUCUGAUGAUCAGUUUUCAGACGGAACCAACAUGCAAACAUCUUAAAUAUAAAACCAAAGCAUAGAGAAUCAACAUAAGUCCCUGUUACAUGUCGGUUCAUCUUUUUACUCUUGUUUUAUGAAUAAAGAAUCAUGUGCUUCAAUUUCAGACUGUGGGGUCGGCACAAUGCCACCAGAUUUGAUUGGAAACAGUGCAGAGUGGCUGGCCCAGCAGCUGGUGCUGGAGUUCAAAAGGAAGUGGCUUCCUUCCCACGGGCAUCGGCGAGGACGACAAAGCCUCCGCAGCUCACUGCAAGAGUUACCAGGUACUGGAGGUGUGGAGGUAAAGACUGGGAGCCUGACGGAGGAGAUCCGACUCAGGACCAGGAUGAGGGGAACCCUUAACUGGGCACCGCCCAGUUUCCAGAUCAUUUUCUCUGUCCAGCCACAACAAAGACGGAGUGAGGUGGUAGCSCUACAACACUACCUGUGUGCGGGCUGUGGGACGGAGGUGGAGCCCAGAUACAUCAAAAAACUGCGGCACUGUGAAUAUCUGGGAAGAUAUUUCUGUGACUGUUGCCACAGUGGAUCAGAGGCGGUCAUUCCGGGUCGAGUUCUGUCCAACUGGGACUUUAGCAGGUUCUCUGUGAGCGACUUCUCCAAGCAGCUGCUGGACUCGAUCUGGUCUCAGCCUCUGUUUGACCUCAGCUCCGUGGGAAAGKCUCUGUGGAGCAAAGUGAAAGACCUGGACAGGUUCAGGGAGCUGAGGGAGCAGCUGAUCGGGAUCAGGAAGCUGSUGAAAGCCUGCAGAUUAUCUGAAAGGGUGUUGGCCGAGUUUGAGCCGCUUCCUGCUCACCUGCUGGACGAGCCUCUGCUCUUCUCCAUGGAAGACCUCUACAGAGUGAAGAAGGGCCAGCUGGUGGCGCAGGCCCGAGCGCUGCUCAGCGCCGCCAUGGAGCAUGUUGACAACUGUGAGCUGUGUAGAGGCCGAGGCUUCAUCUGCGAGUUCUGUCGAGCGAAGGACAUCAUCUUUCCUUUUCAGAAAGACAAAUGCCAGCGAUGUCCAGUGUGCAAGACCUGCUUUCACAAAGWCUGUUUCCUGGGGAAAAGGUGUCCGAAAUGCACACGGAUCCAGUCCCGGACAAAAGUCCAGACGAAGUCAUGAACAGAGAUCUGCUGCUGGGAACCACUACACCUCUCUGGGAUGUUCUCCUAAUACASUGCUGUCGCCUUUAUCAGUGUUACACWUUCAAACAUUGCACUUAAAAAUYUUUUUACAGCUGUAAUUUKCUGUCUUUUGAAAUACUUCUGUUUAUUUAUUUGCCCUAAAACAAAYGAGUUCCUUCUUCUACAUUGUUGUCACAUUUUUUUCCAAUAUUAAACAUUUGAGACAAUCUUG